CGGGCUGAAGCAGCUGAAGCGGCGGCGGUGGCUCGGGCAGAGGGGCGGGAGCUGCGGCGGGAGCGGACGCGCUGGUGGGCUAGCGAAAGGCGGCGGAAUGGUGGACUACCACGCGGCGAACCAGUCGUACCAGUACGGCCCCAGCAGCGGGGGCAAUGGCGCCGGCGGCGGAGGCAGCAUGGGCGACUACAUGGCCCAAGAAGACGACUGGGACCGGGACCUGCUGCUGGACCCGGCCUGGGAGAAGCAGCAGCGCAAGACGUUCACAGCCUGGUGCAACUCCCACCUGAGGAAGGCUGGCACGCAGAUCGAGAACAUUGAUGAGGACUUUCGAGACGGGCUCAAGCUCAUGCUCCUUCUGGAGGUCAUUUCAGGUGAGCGGUUACCUAAGCCGGAGCGGGGCAAGAUGAGAGUGCACAAGAUCAACAAUGUGAACAAAGCCCUGGACUUCAUCGCCAGCAAAGGAGUAAAGCUGGUCUCCAUCGGGGCAGAAGAGAUUGUGGACGGCAAUGCAAAGAUGACCCUGGGCAUGAUCUGGACCAUCAUCCUCAGGUUCGCCAUCCAGGACAUCUCUGUGGAAGAGACCUCUGCCAAGGAAGGGCUGCUUCUCUGGUGCCAGAGGAAGACGGCCCCAUACAAGAACGUCAACGUGCAGAACUUCCACAUCAGCUGGAAGGAUGGCCUUGCCUUCAAUGCCCUGAUCCACCGACACAGACCCGAGCUGAUCGAGUAUGACAAGCUGAGAAAGGACGACCCUGUCACCAACCUGAACAACGCCUUUGAAGUGGCCGAGAAAUACCUAGACAUCCCCAAGAUGUUGGAUGCGGAGGACAUCGUGAACACGGCCCGGCCCGACGAGAAGGCCAUAAUGACCUAUGUGUCCAGCUUCUACCAUGCCUUUUCGGGAGCGCAGAAGGCGGAGACUGCUGCCAACCGGAUCUGCAAGGUGCUGGCUGUCAACCAAGAGAAUGAGCACCUCAUGGAAGAUUAUGAGAGGCUGGCCAGCGACCUCCUGGAGUGGAUCCGCCGCACCAUCCCCUGGCUGGAGGACCGCGUGCCGCAGAAGACCAUCCAGGAGAUGCAGCAGAAGCUGGAGGACUUCCGGGACUACCGGCGUGUCCACAAGCCGCCCAAGGUGCAGGAGAAGUGCCAGCUGGAGAUCAACUUCAACACGCUGCAGACCAAGCUACGCCUGAGCAACCGGCCUGCCUUCAUGCCCUCUGAGGGCAGGAUGGUCUCGGACAUCAACAAUGGCUGGCAGCACCUGGAGCAGGCGGAGAAGGGCUACGAGGAGUGGCUGCUGAAUGAGAUCCGCAGGCUGGAGCGGCUCGACCACCUGGCGGAGAAGUUCCGGCAGAAAGCCUCCAUCCACGAGGCCUGGACCGACGGGAAGGAGGCCAUGCUGAAGCAUCGGGACUACGAGACGGCCACGCUGUCGGACAUCAAAGCCCUCAUCCGAAAGCACGAGGCCUUCGAGAGCGACCUGGCCGCACACCAGGACCGCGUGGAGCAGAUCGCGGCCAUUGCCCAGGAGCUCAAUGAGCUGGACUACUAUGACUCCCACAACGUCAACACCCGGUGCCAGAAGAUCUGCGACCAGUGGGAUGCCCUUGGCUCUCUGACCCACAGCCGCAGGGAAGCCCUGGAGAAAACGGAGAAGCAGCUGGAGACCAUUGACCAGCUGCACCUGGAAUAUGCCAAGCGGGCAGCCCCCUUCAACAACUGGAUGGAGAGCGCCAUGGAGGACCUCCAGGACAUGUUCAUCGUCCACACCAUCGAGGAGAUCGAGGGCCUGAUCUCAGCCCAUGACCAGUUCAAGUCGACACUGCCAGACGCCGACCGGGAGCGGGAGGCCAUCCUGGCCAUCCACAAGGAGGCCCAGAGGAUCGCCGAGAGCAACCACAUCAAGCUGUCGGGCAGUAACCCCUAUACCACCGUCACCCCGCAGAUCAUCAACUCCAAGUGGGAGAAGGUGCAGCAGCUGGUGCCCAAGCGGGACCAUGCCCUCCUGGAGGAGCAGAGCAAGCAGCAGUCCAACGAGCACCUGCGCCGCCAGUUCGCCAGCCAGGCCAACGUCGUGGGGCCCUGGAUCCAGACCAAGAUGGAGGAGAUCGGGCGCAUCUCCAUCGAGAUGAACGGGACCCUGGAGGACCAGCUGAGCCACCUGAAGCGCUACGAGCGCAGCAUCGUGGAGUACAAGCCCAACCUGGACCUGCUCGAGCAGCAGCACCAGCUCAUCCAGGAGGCGCUCAUCUUCGACAACAAGCACACCAACUACACCAUGGAGCACGUCCGCGUGGGCUGGGAGCAGCUGCUCACCACCAUCGCCCGCACCAUCAACGAGGUGGAGAACCAGAUCCUCACCCGAGACGCCAAGGGCAUCAGCCAGGAGCAGAUGCAGGAGUUCCGGGCCUCCUUCAACCACUUCGACAAGGACCACGGCGGGGCGCUGGGGCCAGAGGAGUUCAAGGCCUGCCUCAUCAGCCUGGGCUACGACGUGGAAAAUGACCGGCAGAAGCAGACAGGCAGCAUGGACUCCGACGACUUCAGGGCUCUGCUUAUCUCCACAGGAUACAGCCUGGGUGACGCCGAGUUCAACCGCAUCAUGAGCGUGGUUGACCCCAACCACAGCGGCCUCGUGACCUUCCAAGCCUUCAUUGACUUCAUGUCAAGGGAGACCACCGACACAGACACGGCCGAUCAAGUCAUCGCCUCCUUCAAGGUCCUGGCAGGGGACAAGAACUUCAUCACGGCUGAGGAGCUGCGGAGAGAGCUGCCCCCCGACCAGGCAGAGUACUGCAUCGCCCGCAUGGCGCCCUACCAGGGCCCCGACGCCGUGCCCGGCGCCCUCGACUACAAGUCCUUCUCCACAGCCCUGUACGGCGAGAGCGACCUGUGAGGCCCCCGCUGGAGACUCCCCAACCGAACGCCCCCUCCUCACAGCCUCCAGGAGGGGCUGGGGGGGCCCUUCUCCCCGCUCUGGGGGCCUCCCAGGUCCUGUUCCUCUGACUCUGUAUCUAUGCAAAGCACUCUGUCAGUUCUUUCGGGGGGUGGGGUGGGCAGGGAGGGGCUGGGGCAGGCUCUCUCCUCUCUCUUUGUUGGCCCCUCCCCCUGCAUAGAGGUGAGGGAGACCUUCGGGGUCAGCGCUUCUGGUCUGGUAAAUAUAUAUGAUGUGUUGUUUUGUUUUUUAACUAUGUGGAGGGGACAGUGGAUUCCCACAGCAAAACAGGUCCCCUCCAGGCCCUAGGAAUGCCCUCCACACCUUGUCCCUUCCCUUGCCUACCCCCACCCACUCACCACCGCCACCACGAGGUCCCUUCAAGGCCUCCCACAUCCAGGCCAAAGCCCUACGUGCCUUGUCCAGGAACCGCCCUGGCCUGCGGUGGGCCCUGCAGUGGGCCCAGCAGAGGGCGACAGCUGCCCGACAGGAAAGAGGACCCCACCUCACGCCCUUCUUCCCUCUCGCCUCACCUGAGAUUGCCAGGAGAUGAGGGGGUGCAGCUCAGCACCCCCCUUUUCUGCAACGGAGGAGUAGGGUUGGGCAGACUAGUCUCUCGCCCCCCACCCCCAGCCAGCCCCCACCUUGCUUUGUCCAGACAUGUGUAUCUCAGAUUUUUCUAAGGACCAAAAAACAAAAACAAGAAAAAAACAAAAAAAAAAACACAAAACAAAAACAAAAACAAAAAAUGCACAAAAAACCCUAUAAAAAAGGAAUUAAAAACUUUCAGAGAAUUACUAUUUACUUUAUUAACUUGCGGAUUUAUUAUAUAAAUAUAUAUUCACCUAGCAACAUAUCCCUGCCGCCUUUCGCUCUCAUAAUGAAGACAUAGCUGAUCUGCUGCUCCCCUCCCCCCACCCCUUCCUGGUUCUCCUCUCUGUUGUCUGUCAUUGGGCAUGGGUCUCUGGGGACCCUCCUGAGGUGGAGGGUGGGCUGCUGGCCUGGCUGCCUGUUAGUUGAUGGGUUUUGCUCCCUCCCCCUCCUCCCCCCAUUUUUGAGUUUAUUCUGAUUGAUUUGAUUAUUUUUUUUCUCGGUUUCUGGAUAAACCACCCUUCUUGGGACAGGAUAAUAAAACAUGUAAUAUUUUUCAGAAGGA